UGUAGAGCCAGAGAUUUGCUGAGAAUAAUCGGGGCGAGCGCGAUCAGAGGUGCGGCAGUAGGAGUUACACACACCGUCUAUUGCUUCUCCACCGUGAACAGAAAACUGUUCAAUAUUUUAGUGACCUAAUGCCAGGUCCCACCCAAGCACUGUCCCCAAAUGGAGAAAAUAACAACGACAUCAUUCCGGACAACGGAACCAACAUCAUUCCUUACAGAAAAAAUACUGUUCGGGGAGAGCGCGCCUACAGUUGGGGGAUGGCGGUCAAUGUGUAUUCUACCUCAAUAACCCAGGAGACGAUGAGCAGGCAUGACAUCACUGCCUGGGUUAACGAUCUUGUGUCUCUCAACUACACUAAAGUUGAGCAGCUGUCUUCAGGGGCAGCCUACUGCCAGUUUAUGGAUCUGCUGUUUCCUGGCUGCAUCAGUCUUAAGAAGGUCAAGUUCCAAGCCAAGCUGGAGCAUGAAUACAUCCACAACUUCAAGCUGCUGCAGGCCUCUUUCAAAAGGAUGAAUGUGGACAAGAUCAUUCCUGUAGAGAAGCUUGUAAAAGGACGAUUUCAGGACAACCUUGACUUCAUCCAGUGGUUCAAGAAGUUUUUUGAUGCCAACUAUGAUGGCAAGGAGUAUGACCCACUCGAGGCCAGACAGGGACAAGAUGCCCUUCCUCCGCCCGACCCUGGCGAGCAGAUCUUCAACCUGCCAAAGAAGUCCCACCAUGCAGCGAGCUCCCCCACAGCAGGAGCUACCAGAUCGUCCAGUUCAACCCCCAAAUCGUCAACACCGACAUCUCGGCCCUCCUCAGCCAAGCGAGCCCCUGUGACCUCAUCAAUUCCUGCAAGGGGAGAGAAGGAACUCGAGGCCCAAGUGACACAGCUCGGAGAUCAGUUAAACACGAUGAAGCUGGCACUGGAGGGCGUGGAGAAGGAGAGGGACUUCUACUUCGGGAAGCUGCGGGAGGUGGAGCUCCUCGCUCAGGAGCACGGUCCAGAGAACACCCCUUUUCUUGACCGACUGAUGGAAGUCCUGUACUCGGCAGACGAGAAUGAGGCAGGAGCUGAACUCGGGGAAGAGGCAGAGGCCCAUGGCAGAGAGGAGUUGGCUCAAGAACCAGAGGAGCAAGAUGAGUACUGAGCUCCAGGGAGAGUGCAACUCCUUUCUGUUUCAUGAGAACUGUUUUUAAAAUCCCAGUAUUUUUUUGGUUCAUUUUUUUCAUCAUUCGGUUUUUUGGUUGUCCUGAGGAUUGAGCACAUAAAGCAUCCUAGAAGCACCCCCUGUCCUUCCUUUUUUUAUUCACUACGUCGACGCAUACUGUUUGUUUUUCCUUUGGUGACUAUCAUUGGUUUGAGACGCUGCAUCCUGUCCGUGUCAUGUCCCUCCUUUCCUGAAGGGUCCACAUGCUCCGACCAUCCUGAUUGUCUUUUUUUAAAUCAAGGACUCUUUGCCUGAAGCAAGAAGUUCCCCAACUUCUUUUGUGAGGCCGUGUUUGUGAAGGAUGGAUAGCUUAUAUCCGUUGGCAGUAUCCUCUUCAUGCAUUUUUUUUAUUUGUCUUUUCCAUGUUUUUACAUAUCAAGUGUAGUAAUCAGGAAAAAAAGAACAAUGCAAUAAGCAUAGUCCGGUAAGGCUUGUAGAAGGGCCUGUGGAACUCCCUAAUGCUCUGAAUUUUGCUUCUCUUAACUGUUAGAAAUAUGCUUCUAGAACACUCUGCUUGCUCCUGGAUCCGAGAGGGUAUCCUUGUCCAUAAACUAGGUUUACUAAGCCAGUUUGUGAGCAUGACCCAUUUUCCCUUUCUGAUAGUCACGGCAGAUACCUUGUCAUACCGCAAUCCGUGCAUUCAUGAGAACAGCAAAGCUAGACUUUCACCGUAACAGGGUGCUGCAAUUUUAAAUGAAUUAUAUGUAUUGUAAUGUCUUAAAUGGGCAGCAUUGCAAUCUGUUGUCUUGAUGCGCAUUCAAUCGUGUAAAGCGUGUCAUUGCAGUGUCCAGUAAAAAAAAAAGGAAAGAAGAAAACCAUCCCUCACCGUCCAGUUACCUGAAACAAACCAUGUAUAUUAAAGAUGUUUUAAUAUAAUUUUGAACCACAGGUUUUUAGCAAAAAUACCAGGCAGAUCACCAAGUUAUACGUAUAUGGCAUAAGAGUAUCCCAGUGCAUAGUAUACUUUUUCAUGAUAUUGCAUUUAUUUCCAUGACAACUAAACUCUGCAGCUCACCGCUUUAGUCAUAUAUUGUGUACAAUGAAAAGGAAUGUAAACAUGUAUUGUUAAUAAUUAUAGACAAUGUUUUUUUUUCUUCUUUUCAAUAGCCCACUCAUUAUGCAUUCCCCAAAAUGUGUUGCAUGUUUGCAUUUUAUUUGUGAAUAACUUGACCUGCUUUUUACAUAUUUAAUAAAAAAUAAAAAAAAAACAAUGUUUAGUGAGCUGUGUUUUUGUAUGUUUACCCUGCUGAUUUGGAUGGAUUUGCUGUAAUAAACCCUUCACUUUAAAGGACAA